AUGAGUGGUUUGAUAGCGGUUGUAUUCUCAUUGCUUUGUUAUAGAAGCAUUCUGGGUGCCAUUUUUAUCUUGCCAUUUGCCCUGCUCCUCGAAAUUGGGAAGUGGAAAGAAUUGGAUAAGAAGGCUCUUGGUUGGCUCUUCAUCAAUGCUUUUGUCGGUAUGGAGAGCUUGCGCCUCAAAUCCAAAGAGGGCAGCGCGAAGGUGGUUGGUGCAUUGUUAUGUUUUGGUGGGGCUUUGCUGAUUAGCCUGUACAACAGAAAGGAACUGCAUCUCUUUACCCCGGUUAUAAAAGGCAUCACUAAGAGUUCUAAUGGAGUAGCCGGAGGACAACAUCAUGUGAGGGGAACCUUGCUUUUGUUGGGUGAUUGCAUAUGUUAUGCAUUUUGGUAUCCCAUACAGGUAUGUAAAAUUAUGAUACGGAUUUUAAAGGUGUACCCAUGGAAACAUUGGUCAUCAAUGUUGACCUGUGUUCUAGGUGGAUUGCAAACAUGUGUCAUAGGAAUAUUUUUGAGGAGGGACAAACUUUCUUGGCAAGUAGGAUGGAACAUUCAACUAUUCACAAUUGUCUACUCGGCUGCACUUGGCACAGCCGCCAAUUAUUGGUUGAAUCUAUACGCUGUGGAAAAGCGCGGCCCUAUUUUUCCUCCAAUGUUCAACACAUUAUCGAUUGUCUUCACCAUGGUUCUUGGGGCAUUAUUACUAGGAGAAACCAUCACGGUUGUGAGCUUGUUAGGCAGUGCAUUGGUUUUCAGUGGUUUGUAUAUGUACCUCUAUGGAAAGGCCAGAGAACUCCGUGCAAAGAUGACAUCAGGACCAAGCAAUGAAAAGCUUCAGGCGCAAUCUACCCAUGACUCAAAGUUUGAGGUUCCAAAUUUUGUUCCUUGA